CACUUCUCAAUUUAUUAUAAAAUGUAAUAUUUCCCUUGGAACCACUUCCGGAGCUUGUGGUACAACUCUCCAAAGCUCUUCUCCAUCCCUCUUCCUCUCACUCACAACUCUUGUCUUGCUCGUCUCUGUGAAGAUGAAGAUUCCCAGCAUGGUGCGUUCACUCACAGCUCUGCAACUCAACAGACGAGGAAUCCCACUUUUUGCUAAUUCCACAACACUUCUUGACUCUCCAAGUCGUCCCUUCUCUACUGCAUUACCGGAGAGCCAGGAACUGAUCGAAUUCAUGGAGUACAUGGAAAAGCUCAAAAACUACGAGAAAACAGGCGUGCCUAAAGGAGCCGGCACCGACUCCGGAGAGGGGUUCGAUUUAGGCAGGAUGAGGCGGUUGUUGCAUAAUCUGGGCAAUCCUCAAUCCAAAUUCAAGGCUGUACAUAUUGCUGGUACCAAAGGCAAAGGAUCAACUGCUGCAUUUCUUUCCAGCAUUUUACGUGCAGAAGGGUAUUCUGUUGGUUGCUAUACCAGCCCGCAUAUACAAACUAUUAGAGAGCGUAUAACACUGGGAACAACUGGAGCACCAGUAUCUGCAAAGACAUUGAGUUCUCAUUUUGACAAAAUAAAGGAGGCUCUUGACAUGGCAGUGAAACUGGAAAAGGGGCAUCUCAGUCAGUUUGAGGUUCUCACUGCUGUAGCAUUCAGCCUAUUUGCUGAAGAGAGAGUUCAUUUUGCAGUCAUUGAGGCUGGACUAGGUGGAUCACGGGAUGCAACCAAUGUAAUUUCUAGCUCUGAUCUGGCAGCAUCAAUCAUUACAAAUAUAGGUGAAGAGCAUCUGGCUGCACUUGGCGGAUCAUUGGAGAGUAUUGCAGUUGCUAAAUCAGGAAUAAUCAAAGAAGGACGUCCACUCGUUCUAGGUGGGCCGUUCCUUCCACAUAUUGAGCAUAUUAUUCGUGAUAAGGCGUUGUUUAUGCGUUCACCUGUAAUAUCAGCAUCUGAUCCUGGAAAUAGAAGUGUUCUCAAAGGGUUUUCUAGAUCAUGUGAGACGCCUCGCCAAUUAUGCGAUAUUCUGCUUCUGAUUGAGAAGGACCUUGAAGUGUUCAUUGAGUUGUUUGAUGUACAAUUACGGUUGCUUGGGUCUCACCAGCUUCAGAAUGCUGCAACUGCUACUUGCACAGCCCUUUGCCUUCGUGAUCAAGGAUGGAAAUUAUCUGAUGCAUCCAUUCGCAAUGGUCUAGAAUGUGCAUAUCUGCUUGGUAGAAGCCAAUUUUUAACAUCUAAGGAAGUGGAGAUGCUAGGACUGCCAGGAGCAACUAUACUGCUCGAUGGAGCCCAUACCAAGGAAUCUGCCCAAGCUUUGAUGAACAUGAUUAAAGUGGCAUUUCCUGAGGCAAGUUUGGUCCUUGUGGUUGCUAUGGCGAAUGACAAAGAUCAUUUAGGUUUUGCUCGAGUGCUACUUUCAGCUGGGUGCUUGGAAGCUGUGUGUUUCACUGAAAUCGAUAUUGCUGGAGACAGAUCACGUACGACUUCAUCAUCCUUGUUAAAAGAUUCCUGGAUACAAGCAUGUACAGAGAUGGGUUGUGAUUUUCUUGACUGCAAAACUGCUAAGUACGAGUUCGUUGAGGAUCAGCAUAGUCAAUUUGAAGGAAAAAUGGGAUGUCAAUCCGUCUUGUUCGCUGAGGGAUCAUUAAUGGAUUCAAUUAGACUUGGAAAUGAGAUCUUCAGUGCAAGAUCUGGAACCCAAAGAGGGAUAGUUGUGGUCACUGGAUCUUUGCAUAUUGUUUCAGCUGUAUUAGGUUCCCUCGAAGGAUAAGUUGAAAACUUGCUAUUCAUUGUUUAAUAUAUUUUCCAAAUAAAGAUUUGGUUAUUAAAGUCCUGUUGACAUCUGGGAAUUGAUUCAUGAAUAUGUAUAAAAUUUCCAUUAUUCCAUUAUUAAGUGCUGUUAAGCUAGUACAAGUCAAUGCCUAUCCAU